UCAUCUGCACGUUUCGGUUGUCUUUAAUCUGGUUUCCGCCACUCUGUCAAUCUACUUAGUUUGUCGAUAUCUUUCUGGGCCAAGUCAAACAGAGACGUUUUUUAACAUGACUUUUAGACUCUUUAGUCAAACUCCCCACUAAAACAAACAGUCAGCUACAGUACCUGGAAGGCUGAGAGGCUGUGAAAUACAGAGCGAGGUCUUCAGGUCUUACACAGCAGGUUCAUUCACCAUAGUCUCUCCUGUCCAAUCACAGUCAUGGACUGGGUCUAUUCAACACUCUGGCUGCUGGGUGUGUCUGUGUGUGAGUUUUGGGUUCCAGUCUCUUCUGCAGUGAUUGGCUGUGGGGAACCUGAACCGUUGCCGAAUGGAAGGGUGACGUUCAUAUCUGGCUCUCAGAACCAGCACCUCUCAGUCAUUCAGUACCAAUGCAAUGAGCAGUUCUACAGUCUUCCUGAAGGACAUAAUGGAAACUUCACAUGUUCAUCAGACGGAAAGUGGAAAGACCACCUGAACAGCUCACUGAUUCCUCAAUGUAUCCCAGUGUGUGGUUGUCCUACAGUGAAACUUUCAGGAUUUGGAAGGAUUUUGGGGGGAGAGCCAGCUCCAGCUGGAUCCUUCCCCUGGCAGGUGUUGUUGACAGGUAAUGGUAGAGGAGGAGGGAUAGUUAUCGGGGACCGCUGGAUCAUGACUGCAGCACAUGUCCUAGAUCGAUAUCACUGGGAGUUUCCUAAGGUAUAUGUUGGACACAACAAUGUGGAUGAGCUCAUCCAGUCUCCACCUCUUGAGGUCGCCUCUCUCCAUAUUCACCCUGAAUACAACAAUAUAGGUGAUGUAAACUACGACCAUGACAUCGCCCUGAUCCAUCUCAAACAUCCAAUCACAUUCAAUGCUCAUAUCAUGCCACUGUGUCUGCCAGCAAAGGACGCUAAAUAUCCGACUGGGCGGAAUGGCUUAAUUUCAGGAUUUGGCAACAAAGAGCGUGAUAUGGCUACCAAUAACCUCAUGUAUGUUCCUCUACCUGUGGUGAACCAGACAAUCUGUAGGAAAUCUAUUGAGAAGGUGAAAAAUGAAAGAAAUCUCAGUCUAACAGACAACAUGCUCUGUGCUGGGAAUUCUGAGGGAGGCAAGGACUCCUGUACGGGAGACAGUGGAGGAGCGUACAUCCUGAAGGAGGGUGAUUAUUUCUGGGCAGCAGGGAUCGUCAGCUGGGGGAUUAACUGUGGAGAGCCUGGACAAUAUGGGGUCUACACCCGUGUGGCUAACUACGUAGACUGGAUCAAGAAGACCAUAGAGGAGGAAGAGCAAAAAACAAUCUGUGGAAGACCUAUGGUGUCCAUAGAAAUACACCAAAGGAUUCUGGGAGGAGAGGUAGCUCCAAAAGGAACAUUUCCCUGGCAGAUGCUUCUCAGUGUGGAAGGAGGCCGAUCAGGAGGGAUGGUCAUCGGGGACAGGUGGAUCCUGACUGCUGCUCAUGGCCUGGUGCAUCAACAUAACAACCAAGUCAUCAAGAAGAGUGAAGUUAUGGCAUACGUUGGCGACAACAAUGUGGAAAACCUCCUUCAGUCUCCACCUCUUGAAGUGGCCUCUCUCCAUCCUCACCCUGGGUACAGUAACACAGACGGUUUAUCCUUCAACCACGACAUUGCCUUGAUCAAGCUUCAACACCCACUCACAUUCAGUAGUUCCAUCAUGCAAGUGUGUCUGCCUGCAAAGGGCGCUGAAUACUCCACUGGAAGAGUUGGCUGGGUUUCAGGGUUUGGCCUCAAAGAUGAUGAUGAAAAGCCCAGUAACCUCAGAUAUGUCCGGAUUCCCCUGGUGGACCAGGCGAAGUGCAGAAGCUCUAUUGAUGAGGUGAGGAAGAAGAAGAGAGAAGCCCCUGAUUUGACAGACGGCAUGUUCUGUGCCGGGUUACCAGAGGGUGGAAAGGACACCUGUGCAGGGGAUGGUGGAGGGCCGUAUGUCCUGAAGUAUGGGGGUGUUUUCUGGGCAGCAGGGAUCGCCAGCUGGGGAAUUGACUGUGGAGAACCAGGCCAAUAUGGGGUCUACACCCGUGUAGCUAACUAUGUAGAAUGGAUCAAGAAGACUAUGGAGGAGAAUCGAAAUUAGGGCUGUAUAAAUUAUGCAAGAAAUGUUUGAGUUUGUCGAGGAUAGCAGCAAAUAUACAAUAUAAACACAAUAUAUGUUUUUUUAUUGAAUUAAGGGUUUUCUGUAACUGGAGCAUAUUAAAUACAUGUUAAGUCUG